AUGGCGCACUUCCGGUCGCCGCUGUCGCGACAGGGCGGGGACAUCGCGACAAAGAAGCCGCGGGUGUUUUUGAAUUUUCCCCUCACGAUUUCCCGCGCGGGCCCUCAGCAGGACCGGGCUGGGUUUGCGCCGCUGUUCCCGCAGGGAUUCCGGUUCCAGCGCUUCGGCAGCGCCCUCAGCUCCCGGUGGCCGCGGGAUCGGGAUUGGAACCGGGAUCGGGACCGGGACCGGGAUCGGGACCGGGGAGCUCGGGGGGGGAACGCGAGGCCGCCUCAGAGCGAACCUCCCGCUCCGACCGCGCGGUGGAUCCCGCUCGCUGACUGGAACCGGGAUCGGGACCGGGAAUCGAGCGGAGCUCGGGAGGGACCCCGGAGCCGCCGCCUCAGAGGUGGAUCCCGCUCGCUGACUGGAACCGGGAUCGGGACCGGGGGUCGAGCGGAGCUCGGGAGGGAACGCGGAGCCGCCACCUCAGAGCGAACCUCCCGCUCCAACAGCGCGCUAGCCAAUAGGAAAGCAGAGACUAGGUGGCUCCCGCUCGCUGAUUGGCGGGCGCAGCGCGCAGCCCCGCAGGCGGAGCUCCCGUCGCGGCCGGGGCGGGCGGGGGCCGCGGGCAGGCGCUUCCGCCGUCGGGACAACCCCCCGGCAUUCCGGAACCUUCUCCCACCCGGAAGCGCCGCCAUGGCUCCGUCGCGCAGCCGCUCCACCCAGAUCCCGCCGUGCGUCCCCAAGCGCCAGCUCCCGCCGGGCUACUCGGACUCGCUGCUCUUCCUCUGCGCCCGCCGCAUGGUGGCGCAGCACCCGCUGCCCGUGCUGCUGCCCGCCAUGCCCGCCCACCUCUACCCCAUCCUCUUCCAGGCGGCGUUCCUGGACGGGCGGCCCCUGGUGCUGCGGGACCUGGUGGCCGCGUGGCCGUUCCCGGUGCUCAACUUCCAGCGGCUGGUGGGGCGCCGGGAGCUGCUGCGGGACCAUCCCUGCAAGCUCUGCGUCCAGGCCGUCAUCCUGGCCGUGGUGGCGCAGCUGCGGCGGCAGCUGGAGGAGCCCGGCCACGACGCCAGCGGGUGCCGCCUACGCGUGCUGGACGUGACGGGAGUUCCGGACGACCCGGCCGGCCGCGCUCCGGACGGGAUGAGCGUCUGGUCGGGCACGGUGGCUUUGGCCAAGGCUUGCGUGGAGGUGUCCAAGCACCAGCGGGAAUUCCAGCGGCGCGGAUCCAAGCGGCACAAAGGCCGCUCCGGCGCCGCCACGGCCGCGGCCGCUCCGCAGCCCCCGGGCGUCGACGUCCACGCCGACCUGUUCGUCAACGGGACGUCCUACGGGAUCCUGCGCGACGCGCUCCAGACCGGAUCCGCCGGCCCGCUGCGCCUCAAGUGCCGCGAGUUCCAAGCGGAGAAGCUCUCCCUGGCCGGAAUCGUCAGCCUGCUGGAAACUCUCGACCCCUCCUGCGUGCGGAGGGUGGAUCUGCGCUUCCGGAAUUUGGGAUUGACCGGGCUCUCGGUGAUCCUGCCGCACCUCUCGCGCUUCCCGGAGCUGCGCAGCCUCAAGCUGCAGUACAGCAACGUGGACGUGCGGCGCCCCACGCCCGAGUCGGCCAUCGGCAUCCGGUGCCUGGCCGGGCAGCUGGGAAUGCUGCCCAGCCUGCGCGAGCUCAACCUGGGAUCCUCCCGGCUCUCCGGGAACCUGCGCCAGAUCCUCUGCGACCUCCAGGCCCCGUUGGAGAGCCUGGAAUUGGCCUUCUGCUCCCUCGUCCCCGCCGACCUCGCCUUCCUCUCCCAGAGCUUCCACGCGCCGGCCCUCAAGCGCCUGGACCUGAGCGGCCACGACUUCUCCCAGGGCCUCCUGGAGCCGCUGCGGCUGCUGCUGGAGGAGACCUCGGCCUCGCUGCUGCACCUGGACCUCAUGGAAUGCCGCAUGGCCGACCCCCACCUGGACGCGCUGCUGCCGACGCUGCGCCGCUGCUCCCGCCUGCGCUUCCUGGGACUCUACGGCAACUCCCUGUCCACGGCCGCGCUCAAGGAGCUGCUCCGCAAGACCCUGGAGCUGCCCGACCUCCGCCUGGUGGUCUACCCCUUCCCCGUGGAUUGCUACAAGCCGGAGCCGCCGCGCCGCGUGCCGGGCUCCCGGCGCAUCUACGAGGAGCCCAUGGACGGCGAGCGCUUGGCGGCGGCCACGGCGGAGAUCUCCCAGCUGCUGGCCAAUUCCGGCCGCACCGACCUCGUCUGGACUUACAACCCCUACGGCCACGGCACGCUGGACUACUUCUCUUUGUGAUUCCCAAAAAAACAA